AUCCUUCAGCACGUGGCGCGGCCCCUCCCCCGCCGGGCGGAGCUGCGCCUGCGCGGUGCGGCCGGAAGUGCGGCCCGGCGGUUGUUGGUGCUGCGCGGAGGCCGCGGAGCACCAGAUCAAAAUGGCUGACGAUAAUGAAGACCUGCAGGCAGAUGAAGAGCUCCCGGCUCCAGCUGAGGACGGCUUUGAGCAGCUGGAGAACGACAGCCCUGCAGAGCGCAGCGGGCACGUGGCCGUCACUGAUGGGCGCUGCAUGUACGUCUGGGGAGGAUACAAGAACGCCCAAGUUAGGGGAUUUUAUGACUUCUAUCUGCCUAGAGAUGAAAUAUGGAUCUACAACAUGGAAACUGGAAGAUGGAAGAAGAGUAAAACAGAGGGAGAUGUUCCACCCUCCAUGUCUGGAAGUUGUGCUGUGUGUGUAGACAGGGUGGUGUACCUGUUUGGAGGACACCAUGCACGUGGCAACACAAACAAGUUCUACAUGUUAAAUUCCAGAUCCACGGACAAAGUGCUGCAGUGGGUCAGAGUGGAGUGUCAGGGGGUCCCCCCUUCAUCAAAGGACAAACUCGGCGUGUGGGUUUACAAAAACAAGCUGAUCUUUUUUGGAGGUUAUGGUUAUUUUCCUGAAGGGAAACAACGAGGAACUUUUGAAUUUGAUGAGACCUCGUUUUGGAACUCAGGUCUUCCCAGAGGGUGGAAUGACCACGUGCACGUUCUGGACACUGAAACAUUUACUUGGAGCCAGCCUAUAACUACGGGUAAAACUCCAUCACCACGAGCAGCUCACGCGUGUGCUACGGUGGGGAACAGAGGCUUCGUGUUUGGGGGCAGAUACAGAGAGUCCCGAAUGAACGACCUUUACUAUCUGAACUUGGAUACAUGGGAGUGGAAUGAAAUACUGGCACAAGGUGUCUGUCCCGUGGGCCGCUCCUGGCAUUCACUAACACCCAUUUCCUCAGAUCAUCUCUUUCUCUUUGGAGGAUUCACCACUGACAAGCAGCCAUUAAGUGAUGCUUGGAUUUAUUGUAUCAGCAAGAAUGAGUGGGUGCAGUUUGAGCACAACUACUCUGAAAAACCCAGGCUGUGGCACACGGCUUGUGCAAGUGAAGAGGGAGAGGUGAUCGUCUUUGGGGGCUGUGCCAACAACUUGCUCGCCCAUUCCAAAGCUGCUCACAGUAAUGAAAUACUCGUGUUUUCUCUACAACCACGAUCUCUUGUAAGGCUGUGCCUCGAAGCCGUCAUCUGCUUUAAGGAGAUGUUGGCCAGCUCCUGGAAUUGCCUCCCCAAGCAUCUGCUGCACAGCGUCAAUCAGCGCUUUGGAAGCAACAACACGUCUGGCUCCUGAGCCCUCUGUGCUCACAGCCCCGAGCAGCGCACGGAUCAAUUCUAAGGUGUAAUCAUUAAUUGUACCACGUGUGGCAGACAUGAAACCUGUAUAGAUGAAGUAGCUGUACUGUAGGUAGUCGCUUCCCGCCUUGAAGUUGCAUGUGAAUGGCCUAGAGAAAAACCUAUUUUUGUGUAAAGAUGUUUGCAAUAAAUGUAUUUAAUGCAAGCAGAGGUGGGUUUGUGCACCAUGAAGUACCUGUGAGGGCCAACCCUGAGCAGAACGAGGUGAGGAGACGUGGAAAUAACGCAGCCUGGAGCCCCACCUGGUGCUGUGGACGUCAGUGGCUGCACAGGAGACACUGCAGACAUGGGAAGGAGCAGAACAGCUUCAGUCUGGGCUGCAGGGAGCUGUGAUGGCCGAGUCCUGCUUUAGUCUGCGCUGUUUGGGAGCUGCUUAACGUGCUUUGCCACAAAGCUCAGAGAAAUGGGAUCUGAAAAUUGUAUGUGACCCAAACUGCUCAACUUUAAACCUUCAGCUGUGGGAGCACCACGACUCUGCUUGGUUCUAGUUUGGUCUAUGAAACUCUUCUAUGUUGUGGAACUUCAAUUGUGAACUGUAGCUGGCAGAUAUUCUGCCCUGAGCAGCAGCUGCAGAGCUCACCUGCAGCAGAACAGCCUGAGCCACAGAGCUCUGCCUGGUGGCACGUGGUGCACAGAGCAGGCUGUGCUGCUGCUGGGAACGGCUCACAUCUUGUUUAGUGACAGAAGUCAAUAAACAGCUGACUUUAGGACAUAACAAA